UACUCCCUUAGUUUUUCGCAUACAUCAACAAAACAGCGCAAGUCACACAAAGAACAUUUCUUGUGUUAUUUGUUAGAAAGAAAAAAAGAAAGAUAUGGAGUUGUUGUAUGUCUGUCUUGUUUGUGUAUUUGUUUUUUUGGUUUCCCUGUUGCUCUUGUACAAGAAGAAAUCCGGAGAAGGGCUUCCUCCGGGUAAAACAGGGUGGCCUGUAUUUGGAGAGAGCCUCGAGUUUCUGUCGAGUGGUUGGAAAGGCCACCCUGAAAAAUUCAUCUUUGAUCGUGUGGCUAAGUACUCAUCUAGUGUGUUCAAAACUCACCUUCUAGGUGAAGAAGCUGCGGUUUUUUGUGGUGCAUCAGCCAAUAAAUUCUUAUUUUCAAACGAAAACAAGUUAGUACAAGCAUGGUGGCCAAAUUCAGUGAACAAAGUGUUCCCAUCUUCAACACAAACUUCUUCGAAAGAAGAAGCAAUUAAAAUGAGAAAAAUGCUCCCUAAUUUUUUCAAACCUGAAGCAUUGCAACGUUACGUUGGUAUUAUGGACCACAUAACCCAACGUCACUUUGCUACGGGAUGGGAAAAUAAAGAGCAAGUUGUGGUUUUCCCAUUAACAAAACGUUACACUUUUUGGUUAGCGUGUAGAUUGUUUUUAAGCGUGGAGGAUCCUAAGCAUGUAGCAAAAUUUGCUGACCCAUUUGAUGUUUUGGCUUCUGGAUUGAUUUCAAUACCUAUAGAUUUGCCUGGAACACCGUUCAAUCGCGCAAUUAAGGCUUCAAAUUUUAUACGGAAAGAGCUAGUGAGGAUUAUAAAACAAAGGAAGAUUGAUUUAGGUGAGGGGAAAGUAUCAUCAACACAAGAUAUAUUGUCACAUAUGUUGUUAACAUGUGAUGAAAAUGGGAAAUUUUUGGGGGACUUGGAUAUUGCUGAUAAAAUACUAGGCUUGUUGAUUGGUGGACAUGAUACUGCUAGUUCUGCUUGUUCUUUCAUUGUUAAGUAUCUUGCUGAGCUUCCACACAUUUAUCAACGAGUUUACACAGAGCAAAUGGAGAUAGCAAAAUCAAAGGGUCCGGGGGAAUUAUUGAGGUGGGAAGACAUCCAAAAGAUGAAAUAUUCAUGGAAUGUGGCAUGUGAAGUUUUAAGACUUGCACCACCUCUCCAAGGUGCUUUUAGGGAAGCCCUUUCUGAUUUCAUGUUCAAUGGUUUCUAUAUACCCAAAGGAUGGAAGAUUUAUUGGAGUGCAAAUUCUACACAUAAGAGAGAAGAAUUUUUUCCAGAUCCAGAAAAAUUUGACCCAUCAAGAUUUGAAGGAAGCGGACCAGCACCAUACACAUUUGUACCUUUUGGUGGAGGACCAAGAAUGUGUCCAGGAAAAGAAUAUGCUCGUUUAGAAAUUCUUGUUUUCAUGCACCAUCUUGUUAAAAGGUUCAAGUUUGAAAAAAUUAUUCCACAUGAGAAAAUCAUAGUCAAUCCAAUGCCCAUUCCCGCCAACGGCCUCCCCCUUCGACUCUACCCUCACCACCACAACCCGUGAUCCACCACCAACAAAUUUAUUUUAUUUCUAUUUCUAUUUUACAUGUGUCUUCACUAAUAAUAAUAAAUUUGUUUUCCUUCAA